ACUCGAUGCCGAGGAGCUUGUCGUCGGUGCGCGCGGAGAGCGAAAGAUCGCGAGAGUGUCAGAGGCCCGGUGGUUCCGUUUCGUCGUCCGAGGAAUCCCAUCCUCGCGAGGAUUCCGAGGAUCUCGCGCGACGACGACGAAGAUGCGCGGGUACGUUUGACGUUUCGUCGCGUGUCUUUCUUUCCCGUGCGCGUAUUACAUACGCGAAGAGAGAGAGAGAGAGAGAGAGAGAGAGAGAGAGAGAGAGCUGUCAAACUCGCGGAGAACUGUCAAACUCGCGGAGAGAGCUGUCAAACUCGCGAUGAGGCCUCCCCGAACUCGACGUCGUCGACGAAUGAACGAAUAAGGUGGAUUUUGGAGAAGAAAAGGAAAUACGUAAAAUUGGAGUAAAGGAUUAAAAGGAUAAAUCCCGAGAAGUGGCGCCAUCGGAGCCGGAUUGCAACAUAUAUACGUAUACAUAUAUAAUCCGAAAAAGGUGCUGUUUACAGAUAUCCUCUCGAAUAUGUUUAGUAUCGAGAGGGAGCGCCGUUCGUUCGAUGUUGUCUGAAUCCGCCAUUGGGCGCCAUAUGCGUCUCCCACUCCGUCGUACUCGAUUCUGAUUGGUCGUUCGUUUUCCGCACCUUCGUUGUAUGUACUUUUUCGCUGGCGCAAGUGCAAGGAUCGAGUGUCCGCGACGUCAGGAGCGCGAAGAAGGACGGAGGAAGAGAAAGAGGGAGAGGGCGAGAGCGAAAGAAAGGGAAAGGGCGCACGCGCGAGAGUGAGCGAACGCGCGAGCGGGAGGCGAAUAGGCGGAUAAAGCGAGAGAGGGAGAGCGAGGCGUGCGUGCGAAAGAUCCGUGGAUGCGGCGGGGUGUCUGCACCCGUGCGUGAAUCACGCCUCAGAAACGCUCUCUCUCUCUCUUUCUCCUUUUUUUGUUCCCUCGUCUCUCCUUCUGCUCUCGCAUUCGCCGUCCUCGAAUGCGUCCUCCGUGCUCGUCGCGACAUUGACCCGUGUGUCGCCACCGGACGCCAACGCCGACGAAGAUUAUCAUCGGCAGUAGCAGCCACCCUGAGGUGAGGGAGAGCGGCGUCUCUCUCUGCCUCGCGCCGAGGAAGCUUCCAGGUCCUCCCCGUCCCCGGGCCACCAUGACUCGUCUUCUUCAAGUUCCGAGACCGGUACCGAGGGUUCUGUGAUGAAGGGUAUCGUUGCAGCGCGGUGAGAAAGAGAGAGAGAGAGAGAGAAAGGGGAGGACACUUACACCUGUAAAUCCAUCUACCGGGUGUGCCUUUGAAGAAAUCGAGUGGAUAUUUACCUGAAGAUUGAAGACUCGGUAGCAGCAACGUCGUCGUCGGAGCUCGAAGGUUCUUUUCUUCUUCGAGGUUUUUGUGCUGCUGAAAGUGAAAGUUCUGAGAGAACGACGAGAUAGAGAGAGAGAGAGAGAGAGGUGUGAUAUAUCUAUACAGGUAUAUAUAGACACACGCACGCGUUGACAGAACGCGGGUUCAAUUAAAGGCGCAGAGACGCAGCAACGGAGGAUAGACUGGCAACAAAGGAACAGAAGCGGAUACAACAUGUCAGAUGAGGAAGACAAACCCCCGGCACCCCCUGUUCGAUUGACAUCAAACAGGGGGGAAUCAGCGCCUAAUUUACCGGUGGACAUGCGUCCGCUGCCUAAGGAGCCGGAUUCCGAUGAACGCAAGAAGAAGACGCUGAAGGGCAAAAUAAAGAUGAAGGAGAACAAGGACAAACCGAAUAUCAGUUACCCCACGAAUUUCGAGCACACUGUGCACGUCGGAUUUGACGCUGUCACCGGCGAAUUCACGCUGCCAUUAAAAGGUAUGCCAGAAGCAUGGGCGAGGUUACUUAUGUCCAGCAACAUUAGUAAACAGGAGCAGAAGAAGAAUCCGCAGGCUGUGUUGGAUGUAUUAAAUUGGUAUGACAGUAGCAGUAAAGAGGCAAAGGGCUCCAAGUACAUGACCACAACUAAAAUGGUGGGAGUUGUAGAUAAAACCUAUUUAGCUCCAAUCGAGAGGGCGAGUAGUCCCCGAAGUAUGGGAAUCGGUAUCGGCACCGGUGUGGGAAAUAUUCGCGGCCAAGCAAUGUCCCAGGCAUCCGGAAGCUCUCACUCUCAGCAUUCGUUGAGCAGGGUGAGCAGCAGUAGCCCGAGUAGCACGCCGACGGACGCGUGUGCGACCAGCUCGGAGCAGGAGGACGAGCCGCCGCCUCCGCCGAUCUCUGCCCGGCCGGAACGUACGAAAUCGAUCUAUACGAAACCUAUAGAAGAGGAACCACCGCCACCCCUGACGACCACGCUGGGCUCGCCGCAAAGAAACGGCAUGCAACAACAACAACAACACCAGUCUCAGUUAGAUAGAAAUAAGAAUCAAGCGACACCGACGUCAACAACGACCGAUCAAACGCGACCGGCACAAGGUGACAAAGCUAGAAAGAAGAAAAUGUCAGACGACGAAAUAUUAGAAAAGCUUAGAACAAUUGUGAGCGUAGGAGACCCCAAUAGAAAAUACACGAAAAUGGAAAAGAUCGGACAAGGUGCUUCGGGAACAGUGUAUACAGCGAUAGAAACGUCUACUGGCAUGGAGGUUGCAAUAAAACAAAUGAAUCUGUCGCAACAGCCAAAGAAAGAGCUUAUAAUAAACGAGAUUCUGGUGAUGCGGGAGAACAAGCAUCCGAACGUUGUAAAUUACUUGGAUAGUUAUUUAGUCGGGGAAGAACUGUGGGUAGUCAUGGAAUAUUUACCAGGUGGCAGUUUGACGGAUGUUGUGACCGAGACUUGUAUGGACGAAGGUCAAAUUGCCGCGGUAUGCAGAGAGGUAUUGCAAGCACUCGAGUUCCUUCAUUGUAAUCAGGUUAUACAUAGGGACAUUAAGUCCGACAAUAUCCUCCUGGGUCUGGACGGAGGGGUGAAGUUGACAGACUUUGGCUUUUGCGCGCAAAUCUCGCCGGAGCAGAGCAAACGAACGACGAUGGUUGGCACGCCGUAUUGGAUGGCACCGGAAGUGGUGACGCGAAAGCAGUACGGACCUAAGGUUGAUAUAUGGUCGUUGGGAAUAAUGGCAAUCGAGAUGAUUGAAGGGGAACCGCCAUAUCUGAAUGAGAACCCGUUGAGAGCGUUAUACCUGAUCGCGACGAACGGCAAACCGGAAAUUAAGGAAAAGGAUAAAUUGUCGAGUAUAUUUCAAGAUUUUCUAGAUCAGUGUUUGGAAGUUGAGGUGGAAAAGCGAUCCGCGGCUUCCGAACUGUUGAAGCAUCCUUUUCUGAAAUUAGCCAGGCCACUAGCUUCGUUAACACCUUUAAUAAUGGCAGCGAAGGAAGCUGCCAAAGGUCAUUAAAAGAGGUAGUGGUGCGAAUAGAUUGUAGUCGUAAGAGACAUGAGAGUUAUGCGAACGUGACGCGGAAAAAAAAGAAA